ACCGAAUGUCUUCCCCCACCAGACCGACUUUCUAUCACAGAAGCAGUCAGCCACAAACGUAGUAACCAGUUACCACUAUAACUCUUCCGCACUACAUUCAUUGCUUCUCAUCUUGGCAUACUUGAAAAUGCCUGUGGUGCUAUAUUGGUUGGAGCAUAGUCCUCCAGUGCGCUCAGUCAACUUAGUCUUACACGCUCUUGACUUGCCAGUUGAAUACGUGGAUGUGGAUUUAUAUAAAAAGGACCAAUUGUCUCCUUGGUACCUUAAGUUAAAUCCUUUGCAUACAGUCCCAUUGAUUGAUGACAAUGGCUUCAUUCUGUGGGAAAGUCGAGCCAUCAUGACGUACCUGGUGUCCAAAUAUGGGAAGGACGACUCUCUUUACCCCAAGGACCUCCAGAAGAGAGCCGUCGUAGACCAGAGACUUCACUAUAGCAACGAUGUUUUCUAUGUAGUAGGAGAACUCACGCAAGGUAUAGCGUUUCGACAAAAAGCUCCAACACCAGAGUUAAUCGGGAAAAUAAAAGAAGCUCAGGAGAACAUAGAGAAACUCCUUACUGGAAAUAAAUACAUUGCAGGUGACUCCUUAACUGUGGCUGACUACAGUUUCAUCACACUUGUAGAUUUAAUUGAGGUUUACAGUCCACCUAUGAAAAAGUUCCCCUUAACCAAGGAGUGGUUUGAAAGAUGCAAGUUGAACAUGAAGAAUUUCGAUAAGGCCAACAAAAAAGGAGCUGAUACAGUAGUUAAUAAAGUAAAAAAGUUCCUCGGUCAAUCUUAAAAAUGUCUCGAUCUGUUUUAACUAAAAUCUGUUUUUAUUGACCAAUUCUUGUUUUUUAAUUGUUGUAUUGUAUUUAAUACAGUAUAUUAAAUACCUUGAGAAUAUUUCACUUAUAUGACUAAACUAAAAAAAUUAUAAUUACUUCUAACAAUUUAAAUUUUUUCGAGCAUUGAAUGUGUUUACAACAUAAUUAAUUCAUAUCAAAUGGUAAUUUCAUACAUCUUACUUUAAUGAUAACAUGACAUAAUUUGAAACUUAUUUGUAUUCUGUGAGUUUAUUUAUUUUAAGUAAAAUGUAUGUACAGAGAA